CAGUCCUAUCUAUUUCCUCACAGCAGCACUUGUGCUCUGGACCGAGCUUUGUCGUCCAUUGCUACCUGUACUGCCAGGUUAUCCUUUCCACUCUAGAAGUCUCGCCUUUGUGCUGCAAGUUUCAAGUGCUGAGGAGCUCAAGAUUAUACAUAACCAAAGAAAUGAGACACACCCUUUCUUUGAGUCUCACUCACCCAUGGGAGGCACAGAGCUCUAGAGCAUCCAUCAGCCAAGAGAAAAAUACAGGUUGUCUAGUUUUCACCAACUGCACACUUUUCCAUCCCUGAAACGUGUCACCCUCUCCUUUCUUAAAGUCUUGCAACUGAGUUUGUUUUCAGAACUAGGCUGUUUUAGGUAGACACGGAUCGCUUACUGCUUAGUCUCAUCGUAAUUUGAGAGAGCUGCCCAAGAGACUCCAAAAUGCAGGAAACUUCAAACAACAAUCAGUUCAUCGAAGCAGCUGGGGGAAAAAAAAUCUUUGCAAGGCAUCCCAACCUUUUUUUGUUCAUGAGUUUAAAAAAAAAGGAGGCGGGGGAAUCUAUAUUGACCAGAAACCAGAGCCCUCUGGAAACAGCCAGCCACUGACAGUGACCUUAGCCUUGGAAAUCAUGGGCGAAAAUUCCCCUCGGUUUCCCUUACAUUUCCUUUCGGGGGGAGGCAACAAAGCAAAAGAAUGGGCUGGUUUGAUCCCGUGAUCACUUACAAGGCCAGCUGUUCCCCAGUGUUCCUGAGGCUGACACAGUCGCAGAGCCUCCCAGCGACCUAUGAAGUCAGGGGGCUAUGUGGCUGGGGGCCUGGAACACUCUGCCUCUGUCUCUCUGAAGACAGUCACAGGCAUUUACCGUCAGGAGCGAGGUCUGAAGCUGAGGGCAAGCUCCAGGAACACAUUAAGGCCAGCCUGCGAGAUGGCCGAGUCUGGGAGGCGGUGAGCGCGCCCAGCACGAGGAUGACCGCACAGGAUGACUUGGGGCUGAGAGGUCACGGCAGUCACAGGAUUUAUGAAAACAAGAUGUGGAUCUUCUUUAGGACCCUGUUUCUCGGCUUCUGUUCUGAGCUGCUCCGGGCCCAGAGCCUCCCAUGCCCUCUGGAUGACUGGUAUCCCAGUUACUGCCGUUUUAGGAGACAAACCAGGAUUUUAGUUUCUACAGCAGACAGACAGGAAACCCCAGCCCUCAGAGCAGCAACAGCCAGUGUCAUCCAGAGACCCACGCACAGGAGGGAGACAGAACCGGCGGUGGUGAUACCUACUAACUUGGCCCAGCGACCUCUGAAGAGCAGAAGAGGUGAGCUGGCUGGACGGAGAUGCAGAAGUCGGUAUGACAAAAGAGGUCCAUGACCGCACAGUCACAUGGCGGGCUCCCCCCAGCUCCUCCCACCACACCCUCCGGAGAAGGCUGAGGGUCUGAGCGAGGGGCGGCAGCCCUCCAGCGAAGAAGAGCCCAGCCGUCCGGAAGGUGGUCCCGCCCAGACAGCAAAUGGCUCUGGUGAAACCCUUGUCUUCCCCUGAUAUUUGGGUUGAAAAAGGCUCUUGUCCCUGCAACUCCUGAUGAAAGAGGGCCAUUCAGAGAGAG